AUGAAAGUUGUCAUCCAAAGAGUGAAAUCAGCUUCCGUCACCGUUGACGAGGAGCUGAUCUCGUCCAUUGGCCGGGGCUUGCUGGUUCUUGCUGGUGUUGGCAAGGAGGAUACAGAAAAAGAAACAGAGAAUAUUGUGAACAAGGUGCUCAAGGCCAAGUUUUGGCCUGAUGAGAAUGGGUCCCAGUGGAAGCGAAAUGUGCAAGAUAUCGAGGGUGAAAUACUCUGUGUCUCCCAAUUCACACUAUACGGCAAGAUGAAAAAAGGCAAUAAACCCGACUUCCAUGAUGCGGCCGAUGCUCAGACUGCACGACGCCUCUACGAUCACUUCUACAACAGAAUGCGCACUUCCUACGUUCCAGAGCGGGUGAAAAAUGGUGUGUUCCAGGCAAUGAUGGAUGUGGAAUUGAAGAACGACGGGCCGGUGGGUGUCGACUACCGCAGUGAAGAUGCGGCGGUCACCAUCGAGAUCAACACCAACCUCCCGAAGAAAGAGAGCCAAGAACCCCAAGCAAAGGCCAAGGAGUCCAAAGAAUCUAAGGAACCCGAGGGGUCGGGGGAAACAAAGAAAACAUUCGAGUUUAACCUGCCGGCUGAAUUGCUGCAAUAA